AUGUCGGGCUUGUGGCUGCUCUCGUUGGCGGUGGUGCUGUGCUCCCUCUCCGGGGGCACUAUAGCCGCCACGUACGAGCCCCCCUCGCGCUUCAGCGGAUUCUCCAGUGACCGCUACGUCCGUCAGAGUCGCGUUGAUCCCGAGCAAGUGGUGCCACUGGUCAUCGGACUGCACCCAGACGACUUCAACGGGAUGGAGCGAGUAUUCUAUCGUGUCUCCGACCCAGCACACACUACGUACGGCCAAUAUCUCACUCAGGAGCAAACAGAUCAUCUCUCUCGGCCAGCUCAUGGUGCACUUGGUGCAGUGCGCCACUGGGUCAGAGAAUUCGCACACGAAAACAACGCAGGGGCAUUUUCAACCACCUCAAACCUUUUCAAAAUACCGAUGAAGCGUCGAAGACUGAUGCGAGCAGCAACUGAUGUGUCAGUGCCGGAGCACCUGCAGGACUUUGUAUCAUUUCUGAGCGUAAAUGCACAUCCACUGGGGCUGCGAGCGCUGGGGGCUGCGACAUCAGAGACGGCGGAAUCGACAAAUAAUGGAGGGGGGACUUUGGCUCAAGUUCGACAGACGUACGGUAUCCCGGACAACCUCGUGGUGACCAACCCAAGCAACACGCAAUGCGUGCCGUCGUUCUAUGAUGAAUCGUACGAUCCCGCAGACCUGAAAACCUUCUUCUCCCAGUACUUGCCAGGUGAGAACCCGCCACCUAUCAUUGAAAAAGGAAGUCGGGUCAAUAACCCCGAACACGCGAGUACGGAGGCAUCACUGGACGUGCAGUACAUCACAGGAGUUGGUCGUAACGCUACGACGUUUGUAUGGACCAUGAACGGCAGCAAUCCGUACUCGUCGGAGGAUGAGCCGUUUGUCGAGUUUGUGCAGGACGUCCUAGCAUUGGAAAACCCUCCACUCGUCGUCUCGAUCAGCUACUCGGACGACGAAGAGCAUAUCUUCGAUGUCUCGCCAGGAUAUGCACGUACCCUGGACACGCUUCUUAUCAAGAUGGGUCUGCGUGGAAUUACAGUUCUCAUUGCCGGCGGUGACGAUGGUGUUACUGGCCUACGUCCUGAGUUCGAGAAGGUGCCAGUCGAGGAAAUGUGCAAGAAGAGUGGCCCGCAGUGGCCGUCCUCAAGUCCGUACAUCACUACGGUGGGCGCCACGAUGCUAUUAACAAAAGCACAGCAAGCAGCAAAGUCAUUCUUUCAUACAAAAGAAGAGGUGAUCUGUAGUGUCGAGAAUGGAGGGAUUAUCACUUCUGGUGGCGGAUUCUCCAACAUCUACGCCAUGCCAGAGUACCAGCGCACAUCUGUCGAGAGAUACUUAGCUACACGGAAUAUCCCAAACACUGCGGGCUUCUUCAAUGCUAGCGGGCGUGCUUAUCCAGACGUAGCCGCACUAGGCGCAGGCUUCCUCGUCUAUAUGAAUGGCCGUCUAUCGUCAGUGUCAGGGACGUCAGCGUCCACACCAGUCCUUGGCGCUAUGGUGACGCUAUGGAAUGAUAUGCGGUUGAAUGCUGGCAAGAGUCCAUUAGGCUUUAUCAAUCCGCUUCUCUAUUAUCUGGCGGAGACGAACCCCAAUGCAUUCAACGAUGUGGUGGUCGGUAACAAUGGAGCCCCGCGUGGUGGUAACACUCCCUGCGAUGACUCUUUCAGCGCUGCUGCUGGCUGGGACUCGGUUUCUGGAGUCGGCACACCCAAUUUUCCUGUGAUCUCCGAGUUCAUCACAAACCUUGAGGAUCACUUUAACGUGUCCCAAUUGGGAGGAACGAACAACUCUGCUAUGUCAGAUGUAAACAACAAUGCGGUGGCUACGACGAGUGGUAUUGGUGAGAUGAGUACGUUUACUAUGGUACUUCUAGUUGCAGCAGUCGUGGCAAAUGUGGCAAUCGGCAUCGUAGUGGUCGUCACGUUGGUGAAGCGGUGGAGGAACCAGUACACACCCCUCGACGAUGUUGCUAGUGGCAAUACCACUCCCACCGCUCCUGUCGAUUCAACUGCAACACCCACCGCUCGCAUGCAGCGGUUGGGAUCAAAUAGUGAAGAUGAUGUCGAGCUAAGUGAGAUCAACUUGAAUUAA